UACUGGGCGGCAUUCGCCCGCGUUCUGGUGUGUGCAGAUACAAGCCUUCAGAAGACCGCACGGCUUCGCGAACAACUUGAACAGUUGCCCGAAUGAGCGAUGGUGGCCACGUGGAGCAUAGCCUAUGGGACGGUGGCUACGAUCGCGUGACGAGAGCGUCGUUGGCUGCGCUGGGUGGUUCUCGUCAUUGGCCGCGCCGUUCAGGCAUUCUCCCAGCAUCCCUUCCCUUCUUACAGCCUCCUCGCCACCCUUCUCUGCGCCCCCACCCCCUUCCUCUGCGUCGCCAGCGACGGUCCAUACAUCCGCCACCAUGAGCGACGGGUUACCCCCGCCCUCACGCCGUCGACACGGCAGGUCCUCUUCAGCAGCAAUCAUUGACGUACGCAGCAUCCAGCGGUCACAAUCGUACCCUCGUCCAGGUAGCAGCGGCGGGCAAUCUGCAUUGGUCCAGGACUUGGCAGCAGAUACCCCAGGUGCGAGCACCUCGCGCAUGGCAGCCUCAAGGAUCGUCAGCACGAUGUGGAGGCCCUUCAGCACGAAGCAGAAGCGGGAUCAGAGCCCGAUGGAUUCCGGCAUGUACUCAACCCCUGAGGAGAGCAGACCCCCUAUGCCCUCGCCGUACAGCGUGCGUGACGCACCACGUCCCACAAUCCAGCAGAUCGCCAUGGGCCUCCACGUAUCCCGCACACCCCACCUACGCUCCCCACGUACAACCUCUCCACCAAGCAGCCCCCGCGGUCGCUCAGGCUCACAACCAAUAUCUUCCUACAAGCGCGUGGGUAUGCACACACCCUCGCGCAGCACCCCUUCCACGAACUCCGCGUCCCGGACACCCUCCACGUCCGACCUCUCGCUGACGGGCUCCACGCUCACGAUGAGCGCGCCGCCGACGCCCUCCGCGCGCUCGCACCGCGCGGCGUCCGUGUCGAUAUUCCCCACGCGCCUGCAAAUGAGACUCGACGGCUUCCGCUCCCUACGCGCGGACGACGAGUCGAUGACGAGUAUGUCGAGCGAGGCGUCCCCGCGGAAGACGGUGCGUUUCUCGAGCUCGCCCGUCGUCCCGCAAUCACAAGCGGAGGUUACGUCUUGACGGUGUGCUGGCCUGUUUGCGUUCAAUCUAUCCCCCUGGUGUUAUAAUGUGCUAGUGUUGUAGAUUUUAUCGGCGAUCCUUCGUGUUGUUCGCCGCAUGUGCAAUCUCGGCAUGUGGCAUGUGGAAUUCUGUGCAUCGUUAGUGCUUCUUUGGCAUUUGGUAGCAGUAGAAUGGUUAGAGAACCUUCAAUGUGCAUCGCAUCUGGCUGUUUGUAUCUUUUACCCAUUCAUCAUUGGAAAUCACACAGCACUACACAUCUCGGCUCC